GAAACCAAGGAAACAGCUGUGAGUGGCGUUUACCCGGCGUUUACGACAGUUCUCUUUCAUUUCCGGCAUAAACACAUGGACGCCUGAGCCACGAAAACAUAAGAGGUCAAAAGUUAUGGUCGUAAUCUUUAGCAUAAACGGAACAUAACACAGAGACAUGGCCAGCUCCAUGGUGGCAGUGGGACUGGCUCUGGCAGCAGCUGGAUUUGCAGGUCGCUAUGCCAUGCAGGCCAUGAAGCAGAUGGAACCCCAGAUGAAACAGGCCCUUCAGAGCUUCCCUAAAACUGCAUUUGGAGGAGGUUACUAUAGAGGUGGAUUUGAACCAAAGAUGACAAAGAGAGAAGCUGCUCUGGUUUUAGGUGUCAGUCCCACAGCCAACAAGAAUAAGAUCAGAGAAGCUCAUAGAAAACUGAUGAUCCUGAACCAUCCAGAUAGAGGUGGAUCUCCCUACUUAGCAGCAAAGAUAAACGAAGCGAAGGAUCUGAUGGACGGGCAGGCCAAGAAAUAAAAGUGGAGAUGCUGAUCUUAUUCAUGCACUGACUGACUUGAAAGUCUGAGUUUUUCUAACUGAUUGUUCUAAAAAUAAAAUCACACUGUACAAGUGCA